AUGACUGACUUCACUGAAGAAGACUUGGACCACUUCCUCCAAAACCAGGUGGACCUGCGGCACCGUAGGGUGUCCAAGACGGUGGAGGAGGUCCACAAGAUCAUGAAGGACCUGACGGCCGAGGUCAGCGCCAAAGACGGACGCUUCCUCUCCAUCGCAAACUCCGGCGUGCACAACAACGACAACAUCAAGGAUCAGCCUGCUCUGCUAUCUAAGUGGACAGCUCUCCUGCGAGGGAAGUGCGCCUUCAACCCUGCCAUUCAGGUCCUGACGCCCACUCUGUUCCUGAUCUCGGUGCCGGUGAAGGGCCUGAUGGGAUACAAGGAGCGGCGCCGGGCGCGUCAGUGGCGCUACUACACGCUGAGCGGCGGCUCGCGGCUGCUGUCGCCGGUGAGGGAGCCGGAGAAGCUGCACCAGUGGCUGGAGCUGGAGAGCUUUAGCAGCGCCGCGCAGGAGUGGCAGGACGCCUCCGUGGCCAUAGAGGGCGAUGUGGUACCGGCCAAGGUGGUGACCGUCUUCAGGGAGCAGCUGGAGGAGGCCAUCAAGAGCUGCGCGCUGGCCAGUAAAGUGAGCGUGCUGGACUCGGCGGGCUCGGUGGUGCGUGUUGCCGUGGAGACGUCUGAGCUGCAGGUGGAGGUGGAGCUGGUGCCCACGGUGGAGCUGAUGCACAGCUGGCCCAAGAAGGCACGCUGGCCACGCCUCCUGCAGAGGUGGCCCGCCGCCGAGCGCGCACGCUGCAUCAAGUCCUUUGGCUUCAACCUGAUGGCCACUUCCAACUACCACUGGCUGCUGUCCUUCUCCCGGGCGGAGCAGGUGUUGCUAGGCAGCAUCGAUGAGGAUGGGGGCUGUCGCCACAAGUGCUACCGCAUCGUCCGGCAGCUCAAGGAGGACGUCUGGUGUCCCGGCAACAAGCCUGUCAUCACUGCCUAUCACUUGCAGACGUUGUUGUUUUGAACGUGUGAGAAGUACUCGGGCCUGCGUGACUGGCGUAACCUGCAGGAGAGCGUGCUGCGGCUGGCGAAGAAGCUGCACAAGUGUGUGAGCCAGCGCUACCUACGGCACUACUUCGUACGCUCCCACAACCUCCUCAAGUACACCAACCCCAACGAGCUGGCCGACAUGGCCAAGAAGAUCGCACAGUUCCUGGAGAAGCCGGGGAGCUACAUACACUAG